AUUCUUACUCUUGCCUCCCACUCCUCGGGUGAAACAGCACAUCCGUUAACUUCGAGGUGGUUCUGCUUCUGCUCCGCCACACCCAACUCACUCGUUAUCGGUCGUAAAAACCAUGGCUUCGUCAUCAAUGGCGAAACCAAAUGGCACUCUCAAUUAUUUCCCUUCUCACGUCCAAGAUUUCCCUAUGAUUGCUUCUGUGUCGAUUACCCCCAGGUUCAGCGAAGUCUGCCCUUCUUCACUUAAUUUCACCUUCAAUCGCACGGCUAACGCUUCUCGUCUUCCAAUCAUCAGAGCCCAUGUUUCUCCAGAUUAUGUACCAGACGCCAAGUUUUACAAAGUGGAAGCGAUUUUAAGACCCUGGAGGAUCCCGCAAGUCUCUGCGGCAUUGUUGAAAAUGGGUAUUCGCGGUGUCACGGUUUCUGAUGUACGAGGCUUUGGUGCUCAAGGUGGCUUGACAGAAAGGCAAGCUGUGGUUCCUGUGUCAGAUGUAAUAAGAGUUCGCACUGGUGAGCGUGGAGAAAUGGCUGAGAGGAUGAUGGGAGAGCGAACCGACAUGUCCUCUCCUGCGACUUCAACAUAAGUUGCCUCUGUAAUCAGGCAUUUCAUGUCUUCGAUGUGGGUAUUUUUAGCCUGAAGGUCUCGUGCACUGUGACUGUUCUGUAAUUUUCAUUUUGCUAAUGGAAAAUCUAUGAAGUGAAAUUCAAUAAUUCAGUAGGUCACCUUGACCGGAUUUGAGGAAAGACUUUUGUGCAUUUGAAUGGAAAUAUUUCUAAAUGCAUCUA